AUGUCCGCAAUCAAGGACGCUUUCGCCUCGGCCGCAGAGGCUCUUCACAUCUCCGGCGACAAGGACAAGAAGGCCAAUGGAGGCCGCACUCCCGUCUACGUUGACGAGAAGGCGGGCAAGGACGAGUCUGCAGAUGGUUCCAAAAGCUCACCCUUUGCCACGCCAUUAGCUGCUCUUCUUGCCAAGGGUCCGGAUGCAUCCCUCUUUGUCAAGAAGGCUGAUGCGACACCUGGCGAGGAUGGCGUUGACGCUGACGGCUACGCUCCCAUCUCGGCUUCCGCCGCCAAGAAGGUCAGCAAACUCUAUGCCACUGCACUCAAGAAGAAGGGGAAGGCUGGCGAGCAAGCUGCCAAGGAACAGGACAAGGCCGCCAACGACGAGAAGCGUCUCGAGGAGAGUAAGAAGGUCGUUCUCCAAGAGCCUUUGUCCUCUGCUAAGAAGAUCAAGAUCAGCCAGGGUGCCAACUUCCGUGACCAGCGUGUCAAGGUUUGCGGUUGGGUCCACCGAUUGCGGUCCCAGAAGGACUUGACUUUCAUCGUCCUCCGUGACGGUACUGGCUACCUGCAGGUCGUUCUCUCUGGCAAGCUCACUACUACCUACCAUGCUCUCACCCUCACCACCGAGUCCACUGUCGAGAUCCAGGGUCAGCUCAAGGCUGUUCCCGAAGGCAAGACUGCUCCUGGUGGUCAUGAGCUUGUUGCCGACUACUGGAAGUGUCUCGGCAAGGCUCCCGGUGGAGACGAGGCUUACACCAACGUUGUUGCCGAGAAUGCUGAUCCCAACAGCUUGGCUGACCGCCGUCACCUUGUCAUUCGUGGUGAAACUGCUUCUGCCGUACUCAAGGUCCGUUCCGAGGUGCUCAAGGCUUUCCGUGCCGAGUUCGAUGCCCAAGGCAUGACCGAGGUCACUCCUCCCUGCAUGGUCCAAACACAGGUCGAGGGUGGUUCGACUCUUUUCAGCUUCGACUACUACGGCCAGCCCGCUUACUUGACUCAGAGUUCGCAGCUUUAUCUCGAGACCUGUCUGCCAUCCCUCGGUGACGUCUUCUGCAUUCAGGAGUCUUUCCGUGCCGAAAAGUCGCACACGCGUAGACACUUGUCCGAGUACACUCACUUGGAAGGUGAGCUUGCCUUUAUCACCUUUGACGACUUGCUCCAGCACCUUGAGCAUCUCAUCUGCGGUACCCUCACGCGUGUUCUUGGCGAUCCCAAGACCAAGGCAUUGCUCGACCAGCUCAACCCCAACUUCCAGAUGCCCUCGCGACCCUUCCGUCGCAUGGACUACAAGGAGGCCAUCAAGUGGCUCAACCAACACAACAUCCCCAACGAGGACGGCGAACCUCACAAGAUCGGCGACGACAUUGCCGAGGCUGCCGAACGAAAGAUGACCGACGAACUUAACGUUCCCAUCUUCCUCUGCCGCUUCCCACGCGAGAUCAAGUCUUUCUACAUGAAGCGUACCCAAGGUGACGAGGAGUUCACUGACUCGGUCGACGUUCUCAUGCCUGGUGUCGGCGAGAUUGUCGGUGGCUCUAUGAGGAUGGCUGAUCAGCAUGAGUUGCUCGAGGCAUACAAGAAUGAGGGUAUCGAUGCCGCUCCUUACUUCUGGUACACUGACCAGCGCAAGUACGGUACCUGCGAGCACGGCGGUUAUGGUCUUGGUGUAGAGCGUUUCUUGGCAUGGCUCACCAACCGUUGGACCGUUCGUGAGGCUUCUUUGUACCCUCGAUGGACUGGUCGAUGCACUCCUUGA